AUGAAACGGAAAGUGGAUAUCAUCGUUCUAUCAGAGACCAAGAAAAAGGGAAUCGGAAGUGAGAGUCUAAGAGAGUAUAUACACUUCUUCUCUGGUGUAGGGAAAGAUCAAAGAGCCAAAGCCGGUGUAUCCAUCCUGAUUCAUAACAAAUAUAAAAACAAAAUAAGAUCUUGGGAGCCACUGAGUGAAAGAUUUAUUAAAGUGACGAUUCAACUUCGGGGAAGAAGUAUAACAAUUUUAGGCGUAUACGUUUUAAACGAUGACGCUGCAGUCCAGGCCAAAGACAAUUUUGAGGAAGCUCUAAGAGAAAUUAUAGAGGACAUUCCAAAUAGCCAUGAAAUAAUUGUUGCAGGAGAUCUCAAUGCGAGAGUCGGGAGACAGCGCAGCAGCAAAGUGGUAGGUAUACACGGAGAGGAGGUACUGAAUAACAAUGGAGAGAGAUUAAUAAAUAUCUGUGAAGAAUAUGAGCUGAAAAUUAUGAAUACCUUCUUUGCCCACAAGAAUAUACACAAAUAUACCUGGUACCAACACACCAGAGGUUUAAAAUCUAUAAUAGAUUACCUAAUAAUCAAGCAAAGAUCUGGCUUGGUAGUGAAAGAUGUACGAGUAAAUAGAGGGGCUGAAUGUGGAUCUGAUCAUAGACUUGUAAUGGCCAAAAUUUAUAUAACAUUUAUUGGAAACACCCUACAGAAAGAAGCAAAAGAUACCGAUAACAUAGAUUAUCAGAAAUUCAAUCUGGAAAGUUUACAACACGCAAGUACAAGACGAUUAUAUUCAUCGAGACUAGAACAGAAGCUAACAAUCUCAAGUCGAUCCAUAGAAGACGAAUAUCAGCAUAUAAAAGAUUGUAUCAAAAAAGCUGCUGAAGAGGCCCUUGGAAAUGCCAUGAAGAAAUCUAAUAAACCGUUCUGGUGGGAUAAUGAUAUUGAAGGGAAAAUUCUAGCCAAAAAAGAAACAUACUUGAAGCUUUUACAGACAAACGACGAUGAGACUCGAGCGGAAUAUAAACGGAUGAACAGAGAAAUCAAACAACAAGUUAUAAAAAAGAAAAAUAAUGAAUGGGAGAAAAGGUGCCAAUAUAUCGAUAACCAACUAGGAGGUACUAGGAGCUAG